AUGAUGAUGAUCCAGAUGUAUAAACCAUGCUUACAUCAGAAUUCUUGCACUGGAGAGCUAAAGAAAAAAGGAGAGUAUAUUUGAUAAAGAAUUGCAAAAAAAAUAUAAAAGAAAUUGGUUAAGAUAGUUAAACUUAUUUUAUACAAUCCCUGAGAUUCUAUUCACUUAAUAUAUUGAGAGAAAUGCUUUAAUAAAACUCUUAUUGAUCAAAUUAGAUUCCUAAGGAAAAAUUAAAGCUAAAUAUAUGAUAAGCUAAUUAUUUUGA